AUGUCGUCGUCCAGGCGCCGGAGGGGCGGGGGCCCCGAGCGGGCGGCGGAUAACUGGGAGCGCCUCGUGCGGGCCGCGCUCAAGCGGGACCGGGACCACCUCCGCUUGGGGGGAGCCCCGGCCGCCGUGGGAGGGCAGAGGCUCGCCGACGCCGUGCCGGCCUCGCUGGGUCGGACCACCAACAUAGAGCAGAUCCUGCAGGCCGCCGACGACAUCGAGGACGAGGACCCCAACGUCGCCCGGAUCCUUUGUGAACAAGCGUACACGAUGGCCCAGAAUCUGGAUCCCAGCAGUGAAGGUAGAGGGGUUCUUCAGUUCAAGACAGGUUUGGCAUCUGUAAUCAAGCAAAAACUUGCUAAAAAGGACGGGGCUCUAAUAGACCGACAGAAUGACAUUCAAGUCCUGUGGAACUUUUAUCUUGAAUACAAGAGUCGUCGUCGGGUUGAUGAUAUGCAACGUGAGCAGGAGCGACUGAGGGAGUCAGGAACCUUUAGUACAGAGAUGGGAAAUAGGGCAAGGGAAAUGAAGAAAGUUUUUGCUACAUUGAGGGCUUUGCUUGAUGUUCUGGAAAAUCUUGUUGGCCAGUCACCAACUGAUAGACUUCAUAGACAAAUUCUGGAGGAGAUAAAGAAAAUAAAAAGAUCUGAUGCAGCCUUGAGAGGUGAACUUAUGCCAUACAACAUUGUACCCCUUGAUGCACCAUCUUCAGUGGCAAAUAUUAUUGGGUUUUUCCCUGAGGUCAGGGCUGCAACAGCAGCAAUUCAGAACUGUGAGGACCUGCCACGAUUCCCUUUUGAUACACCCCAGCUAAGACAAAAAGACAUUUUUGACCUUUUGCAAUAUGUUUUUGGCUUCCAGGAAGAUAAUAUUCGGAACCAGCGUGAAAAUGUUGUACUUAUGUUAGCCAAUGCUCAAUCCUGGCUAAGCCUGCCAAUUGGGUCAGAACCCAAAAUUGAUGAGAUGGCUGUUACUGAAGUUUUUUGCAAAGUCCUGGACAACUACAUAAAAUGGUGUAGGUACUUGGGCAAGCGUGUUGCAUGGACCAGCCUUGAAGCAGUAAAUAAGAACCGGAAAAUCAUAUUGGUUGCCCUCUACUUUCUGAUUUGGGGUGAAGCUGCGAAUGUUCGUUUCCUCCCAGAAUGCAUAUGCUAUAUUUUCCACAAUAUGGCAAAGGAACUUGAUGGGAUUCUUGAUUCAUCUGAUGCUGAAACUGCGAAGAGUUGCACUAGUGAGGGUUCCACCUCAUUUCUAGAGAGAAUAAUUACACCAAUUUAUGAUACCAUGGCAGCGGAAGCUGAAAAUAAUAAAAAUGGAAAAGCUGCACAUUCUGCUUGGAGGAACUAUGAUGACUUCAAUGAAUAUUUCUGGUCACGCUCAUGCUUUGAGCUUGGUUGGCCACCUGCUGAGAGUUCCAAAUUUUUGCGCAAGCCUGCUAAGAGGAAGCGUACAGGAAAGACCAAUUUUGUUGAACAUCGCACUUUUCUGCAUUUGUACCGCAGUUUCCACCGCUUGUGGAUUUUUCUGCUAUUAAUGUUCCAGCUCUUAGCUAUUAUUGCCUUUCACCAUGGGAAGAUGGACAUUGACACCAUUAAAAUACUACUUAGCGCUGGGCCAGCCUUUUUCGUUCUAAACUUCAUUGAAUGCUGCUUGGAUGUGAUACUCAUGUUUGGUGCAUAUAAGACAGCAAGAGGUUUUGCCAUCUCAAGAUUAGUUAUUCGAUUCCUUUGGUUAACUGCAGUUUCAACAUUUGUAACCUAUCUCUAUGUGAAAGUCCUGGAAGAGAAAAAUGCAAGGAAUUCGGAUUCGACUUAUUUCCGAAUUUAUGGUCUUGUUCUUGGUGGUUAUGCUGCUGUUCGAAUUAUGUUUGCACUGAUGGCUAAGAUCCCAGCUUGUCAUAGGCUCUCAAGUUUUUCUGAUCGGUCUCAGUUUUUCCAAUUUUUCAAGUGGAUAUACCAGGAGCGAUAUUAUGUUGGGCGGGGACUUUAUGAGAGUAUUAGUGAUUAUGCCAGAUAUGUGAUAUUUUGGGUCGUCAUACUUGCAUGCAAAUUUACUUUUGCAUAUUUUCUCCAGAUUAAGCCUUUAGUUGAACCAACCAGUAUUAUCGUGCAACUCCAUGAUUUGAAGUAUUCCUGGCAUGAUCUUGUAUCAAGGGGGAAUAAAAAUGCUUUGACCAUUCUGAGCCUAUGGGCACCAGUCUUAGCUAUAUACCUGAUGGACAUCCACAUUUGGUACACUCUUUUAUCAGCACUUGUUGGUGGCGUUAUGGGUGCUAGAGAUCGCCUUGGAGAGAUUCGGUCAAUUGAAAUGCUUCAUAAACGUUUUGAGAGCUUUCCAGAAGCGUUUGCUAAAAACCUUUCCCCUCCAAGGAUAUCUAGCAGACCCAUUGCUCAGGAUUCAGAAAUUACUACUAAGAUGUACGCCUCGAUAUUUUCCCCAUUUUGGAAUGAAAUUAUCAAGAGCUUGCGUGAAGAGGACUAUAUCAGCAACAGGGAAAUGGAUUUGCUUAUGAUGCCAAGUAACUGUGGAAAUUUAAGGCUUGUACAGUGGCCACUGUUUCUAUUGACUAGCAAGAUCAUGUUGGCAAAUGACUAUGCUUCUGACUGUAAAGACUCGCAGUAUGAGCUAUGGGAUAGAAUAUCAAAAGAUGAAUACAUGGCUUAUGCCGUCAAGGAAUGCUACUACAGCACUGAAAAAAUUCUUCACUCCUUAGUCGAUGCUGAAGGGCAGCGCUGGGUUGAAAGGCUUUUCCGAGAUCUUAAUGAUAGUAUAGCACAGGGUUCACUUUUAGUGACUAUAAAUCUGAAGAAGUUGCAGUUAGUCCAGUCUAGGUUGACGGGCUUGACAGGUCUUCUGAUACGCGACGAGACUGCUGGCCGUGCCGCUGGUGUUACAAAUGCUCUCCUUGAGCUCUACGAGGUUGUUACCCAUGAAUUUCUUGCACCGAAUCUGAGGGAACAGUUUGACACGUGGCAACUGUUGUUAAGAGCCAGAAAUGAUGGACGCCUAUUCUCUAAGAUUUUCUGGCCAAAGGAUCCAGAAAUGAAAGAACAGGUUAAGCGUUUACACUUACUUCUGACUGUCAAGGACUCUGCCGCCAACAUACCAAAAAAUCUGGAAGCUCGGAGAAGAUUACAAUUUUUCACUAAUUCUCUAUUCAUGGACAUGCCAACAGCAAAGCCUGUAUCUGAGAUGAUCCCUUUUAGUGUAUUUACCCCGUACUACAGUGAAACUGUUCUUUAUAGCAUGUCUGAGCUUUGUGUUGAGAAUGAAGACGGCAUUUCUAUACUUUUCUACCUUCAGAAAAUAUACCCUGAUGAGUGGGCUAACUUCUUAGAACGAAUUGGCCAUGGUGAAUCAUCAGAAGAUGAUUUUAAAGAUAGUCCAAGUGACACCUUGGAACUCCGGUUUUGGGUAUCCUAUCGUGGCCAAACUUUGGCCAGGACAGUGCGUGGUAUGAUGUACUAUAGAAGAGCUUUGAUGUUACAAAGUUACCUGGAGAAGAGAUACCUUGGGGGUAUUGAAGAUGGCAAUUCUGCAGCAGAAUAUAUUGACACUCAAGGCUAUGAGUUAUCUCCUGAUGCACGGGCCCAAGCUGAUAUAAAAUUUACUUAUGUUGUUUCUUGCCAAAUAUAUGGACAACAGAAGCAAAUGAAAAAACAAGAGGCUGCAGAUAUUGCUCUCCUACUACAAAGAAAUGAGGCCCUUCGGGUUGCUUUCAUACAUGAAGAGGAAAACAUAUCAAGGGAUAGGAAGGCUACAACAAAAGAGUAUUAUUCCAAGCUUGUAAAGGCUGAUGUUCAUGGCAAAGAUCAAGAAAUAUACUGCAUUAAACUGCCUGGGAACCCGAAGCUUGGCGAAGGCAAACCUGAGAACCAAAACCAUGCUAUAAUCUUCACUCGAGGAGAUGCAGUUCAGACGAUCGAUAUGAAUCAGGAUAACUACUUGGAGGAAGCAAUGAAAAUGAGAAAUUUACUUGAAGAAUUUCGUAAUGUUCAUGGAAACCAUGGCAUACGGAAGCCGACAAUCCUAGGUGUGAGGGAGCAUGUUUUCACGGGGAGUGUCUCUUCGCUGGCGUCAUUUAUGUCGAAACAGGAGACUAGUUUUGUUACUUUGGGGCAACGUGUUCUUGCUUACCUCAAAGUUCGAAUGCACUAUGGACAUCCAGAUGUUUUUGAUCGGAUAUUUCACAUAACCCGAGGUGGCAUUAGCAAGGCAUCCCGAGUGAUUAAUAUAAGCGAAGAUAUAUAUGCCGGGUUCAAUUCGACUUUGCGCCAAGGGAACAUCACACACCAUGAAUAUAUCCAGGUGGGGAAAGGGCGUGAUGUUGGCUUGAACCAAAUUGCACUAUUUGAAGGGAAAGUUGCUGGAGGCAACGGCGAGCAAGUUCUCAGCCGAGAUGUGUACCGUCUGGGGCAGUUAUUUGACUUCUUCCGGAUGCUAACCUUCUUUUUCACCACAGUUGGUUAUUAUGUCUGCACGAUGAUGACUGUUCUAACUGUGUAUAUCUUCUUGUACGGAAGGGUUUAUCUGGCACUCUCUGGCCUUGACUACUCAAUAUCUCGCGAAGCUAGGUUUUUGGGGAACACUGCGCUAGAUGCUGCUUUGAAUGCUCAAUUUUUGGUCCAGAUUGGUAUUUUUACAGCAGUACCGAUGGUAAUGGGUUUCAUUUUGGAGCUAGGGCUGAUGAAGGCUGUUUUUAGUUUUAUUACAAUGCAGCUCCAGUUCUGUUCGGUGUUUUUCACCUUUUCGCUUGGAACAAGGACACAUUACUUUGGUAGAACAAUCCUUCAUGGUGGUGCAAAGUAUAAAGCUACUGGAAGAGGUUUUGUUGUUCGGCACAUAAAGUUUGCUGAAAAUUAUAGGCUCUAUUCUCGAAGUCACUUUGUCAAAGCGCUUGAGGUUGCUCUGCUCCUCAUCGUUUACAUUGCAUAUGGAUACACGAAGGGCGGUUCAUCUUCAUUUAUUCUGAUUACUAUCAGUAGUUGGUUCCUCGUUAUGUCCUGGCUUUUCGCGCCUUACAUUUUCAACCCUUCUGGUUUCGAGUGGCAAAAGACUGUUGAGGACUUCGAUGACUGGACAAACUGGUUACUUUAUAAAGGUGGAGUUGGUGUAAAGGGUGACAACAGUUGGGAAUCUUGGUGGGAUGAGGAGCAGGAGCAUAUCCAGACAUUCAGAGGACGUAUUCUUGAGACAAUCCUGAGCCUUAGAUUUCUCAUGUUUCAGUAUGGCAUUGUGUACAAGCUUAAAAUUACAGAUCAUAAUACUUCCCUUGCAGUUUAUGGCUUCUCAUGGAUUGUACUCGUUGUUAUGGUUCUUCUUUUCAAGCUUUUUACUGCAACUCCGAAGAAGUCGACAGCCUUGCCGACUUUUGUUCGGUUUCUGCAGGGCGUCCUUGCUAUUGGGAUAAUUGCAGGAAUUGCCCUUCUUAUCGUGCUCACAUCGUUCACUGUUGCUGAUUUAUUUGCAAGUGCACUUGCUUUUAUAGCAACUGGCUGGUGUGUCUUAUGUCUGGCCGUCUCAUGGAAGAGGGUAGUGAAAGCCCUUGGGCUAUGGGAUUCAGUCCGUGAGAUUGCAAGGAUGUACGAUGCAGGAAUGGGCGCCAUCAUCUUUGUGCCCAUCGUCUUCUUCUCGUGGUUCCCCUUUGUGUCAACAUUCCAGUCACGUUUCCUUUUCAAUCAAGCGUUUAGUCGUGGCCUGGAGAUCUCCCUCAUCCUGGCAGGGAACAAGGCGAAUCAGCAGACAUGA